CCCUGUCGUCAUUGGUCGUUCCGCGACCCCCCACUCGGCUCAAGGACAGAAAUCGAUCGGCAGGUGAGGCAGGGUGACCAGACGGCUCCCGGGUGUCUCAGCCCUUGUGGCGGUCCUUUUUUUUUUUUUUUCUUGUUGGAAGGGGGAGAGCCACACGGUAGGAGCUCAGUGCCCUGGAUAUAUUAGUCCAUCUUCGUGUAAGCAGUCGCCCUUUCGCUCCUCACAUGACUCUCACGGGAUUCCUGUUUACUGCCUUUUUGCCCAAAUAUCGAGUAGGCAGCACGGCCAGCUGUUCAAUCGGUGCAUCGUAUUCUAUGAGGCCGACCCGACAAUACCGGAGAGAGUAGAGCCGUUGUAUUCCACCGUUUCCUGUGUUUCUCCGGAUGGAUACUGGACCCGCCUCCCCUCCUCCCUCCAUGAUGGCGGGCCCUUCCGCGCUGUGGCGGCUGGCUGAGAGGAGGAGUAGGAAGGCUGGUUCCGGGAACAUUUUCAGCAACGUGAAUCUGUGGCAGCUCCAGAGACUGUUCAGGGCAGCCGGGGACCAGGAUGCGGAGCAGAGGGCCCAGCUGGUCUGGGGCCACGGAGAUGAGGCUGAGCUGGCUCAGGCCUUAAUUGGUCUGAGGGCCCGAAAUCACCGGAGAGGGCUGAGGACUAACGGGAGAGAUGCUCUGGGGUCACACUGGCUACGAGCCUUCAAUCACCUCAGGAUUGGGGAGAGCUCGCCUAGCAACCAGGGAAAGGAUGCAGGAGAGGAGAAUGAUUCUGAGGCAGGAGCACGCAACAGUCCAGAACCACACCGACAACCCACUGAAGGGACAACAGGAAGAGGUGCAGGGGCCACAGUGGUACUAGCUGAGAGCCAGAGCCCCGCAGGGACGUCCGAGAGACCGGUUAGAGUCGGCUCAGGACUGAGGAGAGGACGAGAGAGUGACCCAGAGAGAUACCUCCACCGAAUACUCCACUGACUGACCGGCCUGUGUGUCUGAGUGUUAACCAGCACAUAACAACCCGUUUGCCUCACCUGAAUACUGUCCUGACGUGUUCAGACGCUGGCGCAAGACUGGAUGAACUUCUGCGAAGAGCAACAUGGACACAAAUCAGCAGAAAACCCGUAAUGCAGGUUGAAAGAAUAGAAUAGCUUCUCAUAAUGCCAUAAAGUCUGGCCUUUAAAUGGCACAGAUCAGACGGCAGUAUACUGGCACUGCACAUUUACUCUUUGCAAAAACAUCUCUGCCGAAAUAAUGUAGACAACGCAAACCUCUGACUGGAUCCUGUUAUCUCGCAGCUUUAUACUCUGCUCUCAAAAACUGCCUUAUGUGCUUUCUUAAAUUCAUCCUACUACUCACACUAACCCUGCAUACUUAUUAUUAUGGACAGUGAUGUGACUUUAAGUGGUUUUGCUGUUCAGUGCUGUAAAUCAAGAGGCGAACAAGUCAGUAACUAUGAAGUAAAUAAGUUAUUUUUAAAAAUUUUUUCCAUCCUUAUCUGACCCAGAAUUAAUCAGAAUGAAAGUACUGAUAUAGCAAUGUAUGGCCACACUGUGGAUGUGUACUUGUAUCCAUGUCCUAGAUGAUAUACUGUAGCUUGAAAAGAUGUGAACCUCUUGAUUUUUCUAUUCACACUGAUUGGUUUUCAGUUUUAUGUGUGCGGUAUGUUACACAACACUAUAAAUGGGUAAGAGUGCAACAAGAGCAGUGUUAUUUGUCAUGAGAUGUAGAAGUACAUGCCCAAACAUACACACUACUACACAUGUAGGGACGCUGGCUGAAGCUUUCUGAUUGACAACUGUACCAGGCCUCAGCUGCUGCUUUUCAUGUAGUGAAAGCGAAGCAUCGGUUGGUCGACUCUGCCGAGAUAGCAAACCUAAAGGCCACGGUCAAAGUGACCCGCACCUUUCAGGGAAAGAAGUUGAAAUGAAACUGCUGUGGUAAAAUUUACAUGUUAACAGUGAAAGACUGUCACCAACCUCAUCAGACUGCUGGAAACUUGAUGAAGCUUUUUGAAUAUACUGUUUGAUGUGUCAUUUUAAGAUUUAUGGCAAUAAAGAAGUGAGUCUUUGUAUUGUU